AUGGCCGCUCAGUGCGACACUUUGAACGGAUACUUGCAGCACUCGGAUCCUGGUUCCAACAGUGAGCGGAGUACAGACUCACCCUUACCCCUCUCGGAGGAUGACUCUAGUGGGCCACUUUCUCCGCCAGACCCGGAGUGGACCGAGGAGAGGUUCCGUGUGGACCGCAAGAAACUUGAGAUCAUGCUUCUAGCUGCCAGUGAUGGAAGGAUCAAUGGAGGAGAAGACUUCUUUCAGAAGGUGAUGGAUGAGACAGACACACAAAUUGCCUGGCCCUCCAAACUCAAGAUAGGAGCCAAGUCCAAAAAAGAUCCUCACAUCAAGGUCUGUGGGAAGAGAGACAAUGUGAAAGAGGCGAAAGAGAGAAUCAUGUCAGUCCUCGACACCAAGAGUAACCGGGUUACCCUGAAGAUGGACGUGUCCCACACUGAGCACUCUCAUGUCAUCGGGAAGGGCGGCAACAACAUCAAGAAGGUGAUGGAGGAGACAGGCUGCCACAUCCACUUCCCCGACUCCAACCGCAACAACCAGGCCGAGAAGAGCAACCAGGUGUCCAUAGCAGGCCAGCCCGCAGGAGUCGAGGCUGCCAGGGCCAAAAUAAGGGAGCUGCUUCCUCUGGUGCUGAUGUUUGAGCUGCCUGCGCUGGUGCAGGCCGACCCCAGCUCUCCCACGGUGCAGCACCUCUGUCAGACCUACAGCUUCACCGUCUCCUUCAAGCCCCCCUCGCGCCUCUACGGGCCCACCGGCGUGGUGCGCGGCUCCCAGAACAACGCCUCUGCUGUGCAGAGAGGCACGGCCCUGCUGCUGGAGCACCUGGCGGGCUCGCUGGCGAGCGCGGUGGCGGUCAGCACGCAGCUGGACAUCGCGCCGCAGCACCACCUCUUCAUGAUGGGCCGCAACGGCAGCAACGUCAAGCACAUCAGCCAGCGCACCGGCGCCCAGAUCCACUUCCCCGACCUGAGCAGCGCCGCCGCCGCCAACGCCACCCCGCCGCACGCCCACCGCAAGUCCACCAUCUACAUCCAGGGCUCCGUCGACGCCGUCUGCCUCGCCAGGCAGCACCUCAUGGGUUGUUUGCCCCUGGUGUUGAUUUUUGAUGUGAAGGAGGACGUGGAGCCCCAGUGUGUCAGUGCCCUCAUGGAACAGCUAGACGUCUUCAUCAGCAUCAAGCCCAAACCCAGACAACCAAGCAAGUCUGUGAUCGUGAAGAGCGUGGAGAGGAAUGCGGGGAACAUGUACGAAGCCCGGAAGGUUCUACUGGGCCUGGAAAAUGGAGACUCCACCACUGCCAGCCUCAACGGCCACUCUCCCUCCUCCUCCUCCUCCUCCCCCAAUGGCCACACCUCCUCACCCACCCUCCUCUGUCCGGUCGGCCUGGACAUCCUCGCCUCAGCUGGCCUGGGGCUGAGCACUCUGGGUCUCCUGAGCUCAGCAGUGGGGCCCUCCCUGAACGGGUCGUCAGCCCCGAACUCGGCCCUGAACGGGUCCAGCGCCGGCGUGGGCUCUCCCUCAGGCCCCUGCCCCCCCUCCCUCUGGACCAACGCCCUCACCACCCCGUCCAGCACACAGUGCUUCUCGACGGCCCUGAUGCUGCACCAGGCCUCCCAGGCGUCGCUGAGCAGCAUCCUGCUGUCUGGAGUGCAGGCCUACACCCAGAGCACCCCCUCCCCUCCGCCCGGCCUCACCCCCAUCCACAAGCCCACCGGCGGCCCUGCCGCAGACUGCCACCUUAACGGCCACGUUAAGCAUCCAGGUUCUGUGUACAGUCGCAUAUCCUCCGCCUCCCUGGCUGAUGUGGUUCUGAGUCCAGCUCACUGUGACCCUGCCCCUCAACCCAACACACACAACCCGGCUGAACCGCUGUCCAGCAAGUCCAGCUCUGAUGAGGGGUCAGACACGUUUGUGGAGGUGGGCAUGCCCAGGAGCCCGUCUCACUCGGCCAAUGGCAACGACCUGAAGCAGAUGCUGGCCUCCUGCAAGUCGUCGUCAGGGAAACGGCAGACCGUGGAGCUGCUGCAAGGCACCAAGAACUCUCACCUGCAUUCGGACUGCCUGCUGUCGGACGCUGACUCCAGCUCCUCAGAGAGCCCGAUGGCAGAUAAGCGGGCCCCUGGCAGCGAGCGAGCAGCGGAGAGGGCAGCCCAGCAGAACUUUGAGCGGAUCGGACUCUCACCACAGUCUGCCACCUAUGCCAACAUGCAGGCCUUUGACUAUGAACAGAAGAAGCUGUUGGCAACCAAAGCCAUGUUGAAGAAGCCAGUGGUUACAGAGGUGCGGACUCCUACCAACACGUGGAGUGGUCUGGGCUUCUCCAAGUCCAUGCCAGCUGAGACCAUUAAGGAGCUGCGCAGAGCCAACCACAUCUCCUACAAGCCCACCAUGAGCACCACCUAUGAGGGCUCUCCCCUCUCCCUGUCUCGCUCCGGGAGUCGGGAAUGCAUCGGGAACGGUAGCGAAUCAGACAACUGGCGGGACCGUAAUGGAAACCUGACCGGAAACGGCACAGCGAGCAGAAUUCCUGGACACUCCGAAUUUCCGACAUCCGUCAGCAGUCCGAAGCGAAAGCAGAAUAAAUCUGUGGAGCACUACCUGAGCAGCAGUAACUACAUGGACUGCAUCUCCUCCAUGAACGGGACCAACGGCUGCUCCCUGAACGCCUCCCUGAACGCCUCCCUGAACACCUCCCUGAACGCCUCCCUGAAGGGCUCGGAGCUGCCGGAGCUGUUCAGCAAGCUGGGCCUGGGCAAAUACAUCGACGUCUUCCAGCAGCAGGAGAUCGAUCUGCAGACGUUCCUCACACUCACCGACCAGGACCUGAAGGAGCUGGGCAUCACCACCUUUGGAGCGCGCCGGAAAAUGCUGCUGGCUAUCUCAGAACUGAACAAGAACCGUCGGAAACUCUUUGAUCCGCCCAACAUGCGCUCGUCCUUCCUGGAGGGGGGUGCCAGCGGCCGUCUGCCAGUUCCACGCUGAUAUGGCGAGCGUUAGCGGCCGCUGGUGAGAUCCUCGCCGCUUGGGCCGUUCCCCAGGUACUGCAACACCCCGCCCCUCCACCGCUACACCCCCCCAUCCUUCGCCACCUCAGCGGAGUUCAUCUCAGCCUCUCUGGGACUAUGUAUGCCAGCCUUGCUUCUGUGGGCAGUUCAGCCCAAAAGGUCUAAUGUGUCAAAAAGGGUCCUGAAGAAAUGGAAGGAAAAAGGGCCUCUAUGUUCUGAUGUCAUUAUUGUGGUGCUGUAUGUGUUGUAUGUUUGUAUGAUAAAAAUGAAGGAUGAUGUUACUGCCAUUAGGGAAAGGUACAGCCAUUGUGCAGAACACAUAGGAAAGGGGAGGGAAGAAUGCAACAUAAAAUAUAAUAGUAACACAGUACUAUUUGCAUUCAUGUUUUGCUGUUGUAUCAGUAUUAUGCACUUUAAAAUUACUUAUAUUUUGCCUGUAGGGUAGCUGCCUCCUUGAAGCUAGAUAUAUGCAUAUAUGUUUUUUUUUUUCAAUCAUGUAUUUUUUUCUAUGCACAGGGUUGCAGGGCCAAAGCCUAGAGUAAGCACUUACUGAAGAAGGGGACUGAAAGGUCAAAAGAACACAUUUCCGUGUCAUUCUGGAUCCAAUGACUUUAGCGGACUAGAGGGGAGAGGUUGAAUUAGAUUGUGAGCAGACUUUAAGCUUCAGAAUCCGUCCGUCCGAACCUAGUCCUCACUAUUUUACUUUUGUAGCUAAUUAUUUUGUAGUCUCAGUGUAUUCUUUUGAUAUGUUUCCCUUGUUUUGUGUGUUAUAUUCAUGUUUUUUAAUAUGGAAUAUUGGUUUACAGGUAUUUUUUGUGUUUCUUUUAUACAAAAUUAUUUGUUUUGAUGGUUAUUAUUUUUAAAAAAUUGUUCUCCAGUCAAUAUUUUUCCCAUUAACUGAAUCAUCUCGGAACGAUUAAGAUGAAGUUACCUUCAGAUCAGGUCUGUGGUUGGCUGGCAGUGGAAUUGAGAGCAGUGUGUGUGUGUGAGUGUAUGUGUGUGUAACCAUUAGGCUCUCUCUAUCUGAAUGCCUCCAGGCGUUCAUCCUGGUCACCGUCACGCUACAGGAGAUAGCCAUACAUUAGAUGAGGUACUAUAUACCCCAAUGUAUUUGUGUACGUGAACCAGUAUUGUUAUGAUGUUUUUUGUUGGUUCUGUUAGCACAUUUCCACAGUGAGAGGUUUGAGCCAUCAAUUCAGAGUUGAGCUGUGAAAAUAUUUUCGUGUCUGGAUUUAUGAAGGGACAUGCAGUAUUCACGCUUAAACUCAUCUUAACUUCACGCAGUCCAGAUGGAUAGUAUUGUAGCACAUACUCAAGGUUUUCCUCCAGCUGAAACACAUCGGCUGAUUAGUGAUUAAAUCUUUUUUCUUUUUUUUUUAAGAAUCUGUGGUACUCUGUCGGUGGUACAAUCUAAAAGAAUGAAUGUCAACCACUAAAGGUUAGAUACUUUGUCUGGUUUUCAAUGCGUUGGACAUGACAAUCUUUGCAUAAUGUCAGGUUUCUGUUUUGGUACAAAAGAGAAUUGCAUUUUUUUUUCUCAAAAUGAUGCAGUGCAAUACGGGUCACAUGACCAAGCCAGCAUUCUCAGUCUUACAUUGACUUCAUUGUAGAUCAUGGAAAAAGUAAAAUGUUCACUUUUUGUACUUCACAAGCAGUAUAUGUUUUAAAAUACUUACUCUUUUCCACCUGUAUCCAAAUGUAUUCAAGUCAGUUGACCAUGGCUGGUGAGAGAAUCCUACAGGGUUGGGUUUUUGUCUCUUUACCUGUAAUUGUACCUUCAUUGACUGACAAAUCAGUUGAUAUUAUGCUUCAGCCACAGCCAGACUUCUUUCUGAUGCUGUUGUCCAUGAUCAGUCAGCAGCAAGACUAACAGUUGUUUUUGUCUCGCCGACUGGCUUUCGGUCUGUGUGAGAGCCAUCAGUUUAGGUGGUUCUGAGUUCCAGUUUACAGUGAUAGUUUUAGCUACAAAUAAGGACCCGUUAUCAUCAGAGUUGCUGAGUUGCCAAAGCAGCAUCUCCAGCAUGGUAGCAUUGAAUUGCUUCAUGUUUCUGUACUUAUUCUAAAAUGGCUCAUUCAGUGAGUCUUGCUUGAGGUCUGAUUCUGGCCAAAUUUGCCUGUCAAUCAGUCUUUUCCUUGCUUGUGUGCCUUAAUGUUCUGUAAUAGAACAGCUAUGCUGUUCUGUUUAGUGUUUACUACGUCAUCCUCCCAAAAGGGGGUGGAUUUUGGGAAAUGUAGUUGUUUCUUUUGGACGUGGCCUUCUGACACGGCUGAGCAGAAUUGAGGGAUUUUUAGGGGAAAAAUACAUUUGGCUGAGACCAAAUAGAAAGAAUCCCCUCCUGUAAAGGGGCUCUCUGGUAUAGAGUCCCUAAAGGGACAUGUGCAAAAAAGUGUUUUUAUGAAACAUUUGAAAUGAAAACAUUUUUUUCAGGUUCCUUUAUGGACUCCAUACUCUGACAAAGGGCUGCACUAAAGGAAACACUGGAAACGACCCCACUCAUUGUUCACGUUUUUGCCAAAAACACAAAACCCAGUGCACAAAAAUGUCCAAAUUGGUGUACUACCUGCAGUGUUGUUGGGUUAUGAAUGAUUGUUGAUCUAUAUGUAAAUGUAGUUUCACAGAUAUUGGUACAAAUUUAAGAACAAACAAAAAAGUGUUCUGAAACUGUUUGCCACAUCAAAUAAAACCUUAAGUAUUCAAA